ACACACAAUGAUGUUUGAUGUUUCCAGUGACACUCCACUGGAAAUAGCCGCAUUCGCAGAAACUCUAGCUGAGAACUUUGAGACUCGUUAUCAAAGGUUUUAUGACGACACUCACGUUAUUCUGGCUGCAUUAUUAGAUCCACGCUUCAAGAACGAGUGGAUUGCAAGAGAUGAAAAGGUUCAAGGCAAACAGAUUGAGAUCCGGGAGUUGUUAGUAUAUCAAACAGAACUUCUCUGCAGUGUAAAUAAAAAAGUAACAUCCCUUUCCCUUGUCGCUGACCCUGUGACUGUCCCUGACCGUGUCCCUGAGCCAUCGAGCGCAAAAAAAGUCAAGACAAUGUUCCAGUCAUACGCAACUGUGGCCUGUUCGUCUUCUACAACACUAGACGUCAGAGGAGAAGUCGAGCAAUACCUUGGAAUGCCAAGAUUGAACACCGAAGUUGACGACGUCCUUCGCUUCUGGAAAGAAAAUUCUAAUGUACUGCCACAACUUUCACAAAUUGCAAGACGCAUAUUUAGCAUUCCCAGCGGCUCGGCCAGCGUGGAAAGGGUGUUUUCUAUUGCUGUUCUGAUGUCCAGCAAUAACCGCAUGUGCUUGGCACCUGCCACUCUACAAAAGCUUGUUUUUCUAAAAGUUAACGCAGCACUGGAGAUUUAG